UAAUUUGAAAGAAGUUAUACAGUGUUCGGGUUGGUGUUAUCGGCUUUCAAAAAUAUCAUUUUCAGUAACUUGCUUCGUCAUUGCGGCAAUCUCCUGUAUAUCCCACAAAUUAAAGAAAAUAAUAUUUCCUGAUUACUAAUACGUGCACAGAGGAGGAGGAGGUGGAGAAGAAGAAGAAGAAUAAAAAGAAGAAAUACAAUUGAGAUAAACAAACGGAAAACAGAAACAGAAAGGGAAUUUUCCCAAACAGCGCGCCCGUGCGUCGCCAACCAAAUACAGUAUACUUGAGAAAAAGAUUUCGAAACUGACGAAAGUCGAUUUUGUAUACCUCGUUGUGAAAUCACUUAUUUCGUCUGCAGACAGGAAGUAGACAUGGUAUUUUCCUUACGCAAUCCAUACUAUCUCACCGGCUUAUGAUUUGGUUUCUUACAAGGAAUAGAUGAAAGCCGCUGUAUUUUGUUAUUUAUCAGUGUAUCCCUCACAACAAGUGAUUAGCAACUGUCGAUAGUUCAAUUUAACUCUAUAUUAGAGCAUUCUCACUCAACUUGUAACGCGUUUCGUGCAGCCCAUGCUCGAAGUCUCAUCGAGUCCACCACUAAACAUGCUAAAUUUCAGUUUUACACGAGAUGAUAUUGUAGAAGGAAAACAUUUUCGCCCAGCUGGUCUUGACUAGGUGUCUUCUGCAAAUAUCUUCCUAAUUGGUGUAAUUCAGCCUUUUUUGUCCUGAAAUACUUGCUCCACGAAUCGGACGAUGAUGAGGGUGAACGAUGCUUUAACGGUACUUCGAUCUUCUCGAACCAUCAUCCUCAUCGUUAUUCUUGUUGCUCUCUUUCUCGACGAAACACUCAUGACCGUGGUCGUUCCUAUCAUACCAGAUAUCUUCAUGAAAUCCUACUGCUCGAAUACAUCCAUUGUUGACCGUGAACCAAAGUCACCAAAUGGAACGCAUCUUCCACCUCAAAGUGGUACGGAAAGUGAUCUCUCCGAACUCGAACUCGUACCCAUCUCCCGCGUCCAAGAAUACUCGUGGUACGACGAGGAGCUCGCUGCCAAAUUCUUCGCCGAGCAUCCGUCAUGGUUCGAUGAUGACGGUGGGGUAGGAAUUGAGAACGGAUCGGAGAGCGAGCUCGUCAAUGAAAAUAAGACAAGCGCGAUCACGGUAGAGACGGUGGAUGAAUGCAGUAAGCGAGUCAACAUCAAGACAGGGCUCCUCCUCGCUUCCAAGUUUAUGAUGCGCUUGGUCCUUAGCGCUCCUCUAGGUAUCUUCACUGAAUGGAUUGGAUAUUUCAUUCCAUUAUUCGUGAGCACAAUCAUUUUGAUCGCAUCAUGUUUAGCUUAUGCUUUUGGUCAUUCGUUUGUUGUAUUCCUGAUUGCCCGUUUACUCCACGGAAUAGCUGCCACGGCGAUUGAAAUAGCCGGUCUUGGUGUGGUUGCAUACAGCUAUGCAGACGAUGAGGAGAAAAGAGGCUUCGCCAUUGGACUUGCUAUCAGUGCUUUCGCCUUUGGUUCGUUAGCUGGUCCCCCUUUUGGUUCUGUUCUAUACUCCCUGCUCGGACAAGCCACGCCGUUUCUCAUCUUGGCUGCCAUUGCAUUUCUCUUAACGAUUGCCGAGGCUCUCUGUAUAUCGCCACAUGCUCGUAACGACAGCCCAGACCCUGCCCCGGUAUAUGUCCUCAUAAAGGACCCUCUCAUCUUGGCUUCAGCGGGUGCUAUAACUGUAGCCGGUGCCGUUAUAGCUCUCCUUCAGUCUACGCUGCCGCUGUGGCUACUUCAGACGACAGAUGCCAAAGAUUGGCAAUUAGGUGUCAUUUUCUUGCCUUCUAGUAUAAUGCAAAUCAUAUCGAGUAUAGUUCUUGGAUUCUAUGGUAUAAGAAUAGGGAGGUGGCUCUGUGCGAUGCUGUCACUUCUUCUCCUUGCGACCAGCAUAGCAACGGUGCCUUUGGUAACACACGUUGUUCAACUCAUACCGGCGAUGUUGGCUAUUGGCAUCUCGUUUGGUGUGGUUGACAGUACGAUGACGGCUUCCUUGAAUCUUGUUGCUGACGUUAGAUACAAUGGUGCAUACGGUGCAGCGGCUGCCAUAUCUACUUUCGCCUUUUGCGUGGGGUUUGCUGUAGGGCCAACAAUCAGCGGGCUUUUGGUAAACUCCAUCGGAUUCGCGUGGACUAUGCGAACUAUGGCCAUCUUGUCUGCAGUGUAUGCGCCAUUUUGUAUUCCGCUUAAACACGUUCCCACCAAAGAUCAACUAAAAGGCACAGAGAGAGCAGUUUUGCUGCCACAUCAUCAACCAGAGACUACAGCGGUCAAACUACAAGAUGGAUGAUUACCCACACCGAUGUACAGAAGCGAUGGGGGUUUAAGGGGAAAGUCCCA